AUGCCCGAAAAGAAGCAUCGGGAUCUCCAAGGUCCAGAUGCGAGUCCGGCCGAUGAGGGAACUCGCUUCAUCGCCGCGAUCGACCAAGCCAAACGACUGCAACAGCAUCCUCUUGAUCCUCAAGACGUUGAGUAUGGGACAUUCUUGGCGACACGUAUGGUUCUGCCGUCAUUCCGUAUGCUACAGAGCCAAAGACUUGACAUUGAGACCCUGGGAAAGACUGUUCCAGAUGAAACGGACCAGACCACGGGAGCGUUGGUGAUCCCUUGGCUUGACGGCGACGACUGGAUCCUGUUUCACGUGGAUAAAGACACCGGCGCCGCAUACAUGUUCGAUCCUACUCCACGGCGAGAGCCAUCACGAGUUGUCGCCUUCUUCCGACAAGCAUACACAGACGCGGGCUAUGGUUCGAUCACUGCCAUGUGGCGUGUUCCCGCUGGAACGCGAACCGACAAGUGGUCCAGCGGUUGGUGGGUGGUCGAGAAGGUCCUCAUGUUAGUCACAGGCAGAGACAUCAAGUCUAUUGGCUUCGCGGUAGUGAAGUCUGAGGACGUCCCGUACGAAACAGACUUUGCGAAGACGACGGACAUGAUAGCGGACUUUCUGCAAAUGCGCUACGUCCGGGAGCCUGACCAAAGCGGGAACAGAGUUGUUUCCGUGCAAGUGGGGUCAGAUCGUAUAGCUUAUGGACCUCAAGUACCCCAUUGCGCAGCCUCGUACCUCGAAGUACUGAAUCUGUACGCGACCUAUCAGCACCGACCAGGAGCCGAAACAAACCCCACAUCGCAACAACCCCUGAGUCACGGUUUCACUCUCUGUUGUUCCCCGCCCGCCUGGCCACUGGAGAACCUGGCUGUUAUUGUACCCAGCGACCAAAGUAAGGGAAGUUCUACGACGACGUAA